GUGGGCCGCGCGCGGGGGAGAAUACAAAUGUUUUUGCGCGCCCGGUCAUAAAGUUUGGGUUCCUUGCAGGUAGUCACGCUGUUUCCCAGCAUCCCUCUCCUCCUCGCUUCUCGGACAGCCGUUAUUGUCAUCGUAGCCUCCCUCACCCCAUUCUCCUUCCCCCAACAAGUGCCCAGUCCGUGUUGGAUGCGGUGGUCCCUCAUUCCCAAGAAACUAAGAAUUCACAAGAGGCCGAGGAUUCCAGACGCUACCAUGUCUCCCGCCGCCGUGAAUGGGACUCCCCAUCUCUCAUUUAUCGGAGCUAUCGACCAGGGCACCACCAGCUCGCGGUUCCUGAUCUUCAACCGCAACGGCGACGUGGUGGCGACACAUCAGCUUGAGUUCAAGCAGUACUACCCACAGCCAGGAUGGCACGAGCACGACCCCGAGGAGAUCGUGAGCUCGGUCGAGCAGUGCAUUGACGGGGCGGUGGUCGACUUCGAGGCGCAGGGCCACACGCGGGACCAGAUCAAGGCGGUCGGCAUCACGAACCAGCGCGAGACGACGGUGGUGUGGGACCGGGAGACGGGCAAGGCGCUGCACAACGCCAUCGUGUGGACCGACACGCGGUCCAAGGACCUGGUGCGGCAGCUCAAGCGGCGGCUAGGCGCGGGCGAGCUCACGGCGCGGUGCGGCCUGCCGCUCUCGACGUACCCGUCCGUCAGCAAGCUCCUGUGGCUGCUCGAGAACGCGCCAGAGGUCAAGGACGCGUACGAGCGCGGCACGCUGGCCUUUGGCACCAUCGACACGUGGCUCGUGUACCGUCUCAACGGCGGCGCCGGCCGCGACGUGUACGUGACGGACCCGACCAACGCGUCGCGCACCAUGUUCAUGAACCUCGAGUCGCUCGCCUACGACGAGGACCUGAUCGACUGGUUCCGCCUCGACCGGGACAGGAUCCUGCUCCCCAAGAUCGUGCGGUCUUCGGACCCAAAGGCCUACGGCUCCCUGGCGGGUACGGCGCUGCGCGGGACCAGGAUCACGGGCUGCCUGGGCGACCAGUCGGCGGCGCUGGUGGGGCAAAAGGGCUUCACGGCCGGGCUGGCCAAGAACACGUACGGCACGGGCUGCUUCCUGCUGUACAACGUCGGGCCCAAGCCCGUCGUCUCGACGCACGGGCUGCUGACGACGGUGGCCUUUGACUUUGGCGAGGGCCACGUCAUGUACGCGCUCGAGGGCAGCAUCGCCGUCGCGGGCUCGUCGGUCAAGUUCCUCGUGGACAACUUUGGCUUCAUCGAGUCGUCGGCCAAGCUGUCGGCCCUGGCCGAGACGGUCGAGGACAACGGCGGCUGCACCUUCGUGACGGCCUUUAGCGGCCUCUUCGCCCCCUACUGGAUCGACGACGCGCGCGGCACCAUCUUCGGCAUCACGUCCUACACCCAGCGCGGCCACGUCGCGCGCGCCACGCUCGAGGCCACGUGCUUCCAGACAAAGGCCAUCCUCGACGCCAUGGAGAAGGACAGCGGCGCGGCGCUGACGGAGCUGGCCGUGGACGGGGGCAUGUGCAACUCAGAUCUGAUCAUGCAGACCCAGUCCGACAUCAUCGGGAUCCCUGUCAACCGCCCCGCCAUGCGCGAGACCACAGCCCUCGGCGCGGCCAUCGCCGCGGGCUUUGCCGUCGGGGUCUGGGAAAGCUUUGACGAUCUCAAGGAGGUCAACAAGGCAGGAAAUACCAUUUUCAAGCCGCAGAUCAAGGCAGAAGAGGCGGCGCAGCGGUUUGGGCGGUGGGAGAAAGCUGUCGAGAUGUGCAAAGGGUGGACGAGCUAGUUUGUGAUAGGCGUUUUGGUCGGUUUUAUUCUUUUGCUGUCAUUAUUAGCCAAUGCAUUAUUUAUCGAUUCA